AUGAAAAAGGAAAAGGGUGAGUUGCAGACGUCAUUUUUCUCGCGUGGGGGUUUCACUUUCCUGAACCUCAAAGCUAACCCCAUGCUUUUGUUAGAGAAAAAGACAUGCCCCCUUUUCUCUGUUCUUGGAAGUGCAUCCUUCUCCAAUCAUGAUGUUGCUUACGCCUUGGCAAGUGAUGGUGUUAUCCCAUCUCGGCCACAGGCUGUGCUCGAGCUCUUGGCCUGUAGUUUGGUGGAUCUUGUUCUUGAAAAAAUCGGGUCUGCCUUGCGUUGA